AGAGAUUGUCUGUAGAGGGAGGGUGGGAAGUGUAAGCCAGUCACAGCAUCUCUCCUUCUCACUGCACCAGGGCUGAGGGACUAUUCGUCCCCUCGCUUCCCUCGUUGCAGAUUUAACUCAUUUCCAUCAACGCAGUCAUCUUUUUUUUUCUGGCUUUUCACUUGCUGCUUUUGACAGAUGCAUUCCAUUCAUCCCUAUCUGUAUCCCAGGAGCUAAGGAUUUCUUGAUUAAAGACGCUGGUUGUACACUAACAGAAUUAGGGGAACGUUUGCAGAGGACGGUGCUUGAAACUGGGACUCCGACUGGGACUUUCUUCUAUGGCGAUAGAGUGGAUUCCCUGCGAGUGUUUUGUUGAGGACGAUAGACCUACUGAGAGAGGAGUUGUAGGAGCCCGGUGCCUCUACAACUAAACCGGGCGCAUACAUCAAAGGACUAAAGCAAGUUAGAACAUCUAUGGUUGCAUUAAUCACUUGAGGGGAAGGUGAUGAUGCCCCCCCCCUGCCAAUGCUUCAGACUGUCACAGCAGCAGCAACAACAACAACACACGUCUAUGGGAUAAAUAGAUGGAUUGCAGAUUGAUCGCCACACACCGCUCUCUGCCACAGGAUUGCUGAGGAGUCGAAGCGAGAGGAGCGCUGAGUUAUUCAGCUGGCCUCUCAUUGCUCCAGGAGAGUCCUUCCACCUGCCUGCAUGGGACAUUCUACAUUCAGCACUUUCACCCUCUACUGGACGUUUACAUUUGUUUGUCUUUUGCGACUUGCAGUCCAGAACACUGAGAGGCGUGUUUGCACUUUUGGACUCCGACUUUAAAUCACUUCAGUAGCAAAACUCAUCUGGACAUUUUUCGCCGAUUUGGUUUAUAGCUCAUUCUGCCUAGGGAUGCCUCGUAAACACAUUUUGCCCCAAGCGCCGUGUGUGUCGAGAGAGCUGUGACGUUAUCUCAUGCGGAGAUCCCCAUGUUGUUCUAGCCCGUGUCUGUGUUUUGAUUCGGACAAUAGCUGGGCAUACAUGGGCUCCAGACACUGACCAGAGGACCACCAAAUAAAGGAAGCCUGUUGUUACAUUGUAAACACACUAUCACCCAUGGCACAGCGGAACAAAGCGGAUUUAAUUAAAUGGUCUUUUUUCGGAGAAGGAUGUCAUUUUUUUCCAUACUUUGAUUUACUUAGAGAGACUUUUAAAGUUUGUAUUGAAUUAUAACUGCAUUCAGUGCAUUUAAUCUGAUCUAGGUGUAAAAUAGGAGCCAUGUGUUGCUUACCUAUUUGAUCUCCUGUGAGGAACUGUCAAUAGUGCAGCGCAUUGUGCUCGCCGUCAUGCUUUAACCUCUUCGUAUGGUGUCAUCUGCCCUUGUUUGGACAUCGUAUGCCCUCAGCAUCCCGGUGGCAACCCUCAUUAGCAUCAGGAGACGAGGCCACAGACCUGCAGGCAAAGCAGCAGGGCCACCCGCCUUCGGGAAUAGAUGCUGGCCACAGCGGUUUACUGAGGCUAUACAGCUUUUCUUCACUCUACUGACUUUAACCUACCCUCUACUUUUACUAGCCAUGAGUGAUUGGAAAAGGAGAGCUAAGCGAGUUGUCCUACCCUCCCAGAGGCUGUAUUGAUUUUCCUCCAGUCCGUGUUGAAUUGAGACCCAGCUAUGUGAGAGUCCGGUUAAAGAGAGAGAGAGAGAGAAAGUGUGUGUGUGUGUGUGUGUUACAAAGAAUAUUGAGCUUGGUGAACUGAAGAAGGCUGCAGACACUCUAUGUAGAUGGGGUGGGGGGCAGGCACUCCAGUUGCAGGCCAGCUGCCUCAUGGGUGACACACCACAAACCUGACCCACCUGGACAGCACCCAAAACAAUGAACCAGUCUGGACUGACAACGGACCCGCCGCUCACUGCCAACAGCAGUCAUGGAGACUUCGUCCCUUACAGGCCCGCCAACCACUCUUGUCCCCUGGGCUGGGGGCUGAACGAAGGCCUGGAGGCGUGCGUCCUGGAGACUGCUGUCAUCGUUCUACUGACGGUGCUCAUUAUUGCAGGAAACCUGACUGUUAUCUUCGUGUUCCACUGUGCCCCUCUGCUUCACCACUACACCACCAGCUACUUCAUCCAGACAAUGGCCUAUGCCGACCUGCUGGUGGGUCUUAGCUGCCUGGUUCCCACCCUGUCUCUGCUCCACUACCCCGCGGGUGUUCAAGAGCCCAUCACAUGCCAGGUUUUCAGCUACGUCAUCUCUGUUCUGAAGAGUGUUUCAAUGGCCUGCUUGGCUUGUAUCAGUGUGGAUCGCUACCUGGCCAUAACCAAGCCAUUGUCUUACAACCAGCUGGUGACGCCAUGCCGACUACGAGGCUGCAUCACUCUAAUUUGGGUGUACUCAAGCCUGGUUUUCUUGCCGUCCUUCUUCGGGUGGGGAAAACCAGGCUAUCACGGGGACAUCUUCGAGUGGUGUGCUCACUCUUGGCCCACCUCUGCCCUCUUCACAAGCUUCGUGGUGUGUUUGCUUUAUGCGCCCGCGGCACUUGUGGUUUGUUUUACGUAUUACCAUAUCUUUCGCAUCUGUCAGCAGCACAACAGGGAGAUCAGCGAACGGCGCGCACGUUUCCCCAGCCAGGAGAUGGAGGCUGGUGAGGGGGGCGGCAAUGGGCAUCACGGGGGGCACGGCCCAGAUCGGCGCUACGCGAUGGUGCUGUUCCGCAUCACCAGUGUUUUCUAUAUGCUUUGGCUGCCCUACAUAAUCUACUUCCUGCUAGAGAGCUCCCAUGUGCUGGAUAGCCCUGCCCUCUCCUUCAUCACCACCUGGCUGGCUAUUAGCAACAGCUUUUGCAACUGUGUCAUCUACAGCCUGUCUAAUAGUGUGUUCCGCCUGGGCAUGCGGAGGCUCUCGCAGACAAUUUGCUCCUUCAGCCACUGCGCAGCCGAUGACAGGGACUUUGGGGAGCCUAAGCCCAGGAAGAGGGCAAAUUCAUGCUCUAUCUGAUGGGAUGACUUUUACAGCAUGAGGAUUACCGCUGGAAUCAAAAAAUGGGGAACAAAAAAUCUUAACAAGCCUAGGAGCUAGUUAGCUUUCAGUAACAUUGGGAGGGCUUAACUGAACAGGAAAUGGAUUCUGUUGUUUCAGCCGACACAGGUCAGCUGACACCAGUGACGUUGCCUUGGUCUCAGUAAAUCGUGGUUUAUUGCAUUAUAAGCUUUUUAAGGAGAUGGGUGCUGUGUCUAAACAGAGACGAAGUAAAUGUUAAUGAAAUGGUCACUCUGUGAUGGCUUUUAUUCUUUGCAAUGUGAUUUGGCUUUGGAUCAAAUAGAAAGUCGUCUCCCCAUGUCUUAGCCUCUACAUCUCACUGCAUACCAACCCGGUUGUAGAUCGUGAGAAUAGUAAACUGUAAACACCAAAAGAUUUACAAACAACUUUUUAGACAUAAAAUGUGGCCAUACUAUUUCAUGCCGUUAUAUAUUUUUGUAGUUGUGAAGUGGAUCGACCCUUGAUUCGAUGUCUCCAUACUUUGUUUUUAGAGACACUAAAUCACCUUCACCUACGUGUGCUAAUAAACCUGUUUCAAGAUUAUAAAUGGGUACUAUACAACACACAGUGACAGUGAUGGCAAGGAUUAUGCUGAUGAUAAAUAACAGACUGCGUAAUUCUCUAACUGUUUUCUAUAGGAAAGGGAGCUCAGUAUCUGCUGAAAUAUUUUGUGUUGAUUCGUGUGCCGGUGAAAAGGAGAGAUGCAGAAAAUGUAGUGAUGGGCCAAGCUCUGAUCUGACAUUUGGUUCACAUUUGAUGAAAGCUGUUUACUGAGAUCCUCUGCAAAAUGUAAUACAUAAUGUAGAUAUUAUCUGUCAUCUUAAAUUGUAAAACUCCAAUUUAACAUGGUUUGUGCAGAAAAUACCCCAUUCUUUAAAACAUUAGACCAAGGACUGUUAAAAUAUGUAAACUGUAAAAUGAGAGGUUUGCCUGGACACAACAUGCUGACAUUGACCAAUGUUGAAGCGUGUUCUUUAAGGAUGAAAUGCUUUUAUUGUUCAUCAAUUUUAAAAAUUAGCUUAUUAUUGUUGACCGAUUCUAUUAAAAAGCACAGUAUGUCAAGAAUUCAGACAGAUUCAAUGAUGGAUGGGUUUGACACUUUAUAUUGAAGGCAGUGAACUGAUGCAGCAGAUAACUACGCAGUAUAGUUGUUGUUUUUUUUUAAAUGGCCCAUCUGGGCCUGUGGUGUGGCAUUCCUGAUGUGGCUUUGUUAUGAGUAUUCUGCUAACAGUUUGAUGCAUGAGCGCUCAUCAACAACAACUAAAUAUGACACCCCCCCUGUACAGGUCAAUAUACCAAUAUUAAAUAGUGAACAAACAGAAUUUAAAAAACCUAAACAGCAGGUUUAGUUCUGAAACAGAAUUUGGUUUCUGAGCCAUAGAUCUGAGGUGACUUCAGAAUAUCUUUUUUAGAUGCACAUAGGAUGUUUUAGGUGGUAUGAAUGAGUGAUAGUUAUCCUCAGAUCAAGUGAUGUCUUUAUUUCCCAGCAGCAGUGGUUAAUGUCAUCCGAUCUGUCUGGAGGUCGCUGUGAGGCUGAAAUCUUGAAUGAAAACUAAGCAUGUAAUUUCACAUCAGUUAUGUUUAAGGCCAGCAGUAGCUUAUUUUCUGGAUGUUUCGGAAAACUUUUGGACGGACAAUCCUUGUUAGUUUUACCCCACUGUCUUUCAGUUGAACCAAUUUGGUGAUUGAAAAAAAAUGUCAAACUACAGGCCUGAAUGUCUCACAUUUGUCUUCAUGCUUUUGUGAACGACCCUGGCAUCUAGUGUGCACUUCUCACACAGGAAUCCCACUCUCAUUUUGGCUUUAGAAAUUUUCUUUAUCCUUUUUCAAGAUGUCUGUGCACAACAGAUGGCUGUUCGGGGAAUGGCAGACUAUAGGUGUUAUAAAGUCCUGGAAUGUCCCACUCUGCUAGAAAGAAGAAAAAAAACGAUAUUUGAUACGUAAUAUUUGCAUUUGAUAAAAGUGCAGAUCCUACAAAUUGUCUUUGGUUAUGAAUCUUACGUUUUAAACAGUAGACCAGUCACUCCAGUUCAUUUCCCUUGUACAUUCCCUUGAUCGUUGAAUCAGGGUCAGAGCAUAAUUCAUUUCAAAAGAAUACAGCCACAUAAUGGAGCCAAUAAGUUACUGAUCUCCCUCUUUGCUCAUUGAGUGGUGUUACCUGUGGUGUAGGCCUUGCUUUUAGUGUAUGUUUGUCCAUGCACAGCAAACCCAGUCCCUUGAUAUUGUAAAUGCUUUCAAUUCUGCUAAACAGUAGCCUGUAGAGGUGGUGAUUUCUGACCAUUGGGGCAGAGAGACUCUGAGCCUUUAGCUUAUUAGACAUGUGCCGCUUCACAUCCAGCUAAAACGGAGCUACCUGAUCAUGGCAUUCAAGAGUCUUUCUGGCCUUUGUGAUUGAAUGUACGUUCCAUAUCAUGUUUGGUCACGGUCUGGUAAAAAAAUACCACUGAAAAGAAAAAAGUAAAUAUUACUCUCUUUCCCGGCUCUCUAUAUAGUUGUGCACAAGGUGAGCAGCAUAGAGUCAACUUAAAAGACUAAGGCGCUGACAGUGGCUCUGCGCUUAUGUUUCCGGCCCGGGAUCAUCAGCAUUCGUCACCUUUAACAUAUUUAAGAGUGAGUCGGGGUGAAGAAUAUUGCUUUAUGCAGCUUUAACACAUUUCAGAUUCUUCUGUAUGUGCCUAAAGAUGUAUUUUAUAAGAAGCAAAUAAGUUAUUUUACAUCAAUAUGCUGCACUUUAACAAAAAAAAGCAAAACCUACAUUAACAUACCAUGUGACCGUGUACACAUCUGAAGUCACAACGUGGUUGGAUUUAGAAAUCCACUUUCACUUUAAUCUUUCAGAUGGGUUUCCACUUUUUUUCUCAGUCAAUCAGAUUUGAACUUUUUUAAGUGAGUACUUGUUCUACUAUCUGACAUCUACAUUAUAUUAUGAUAAGAGGAGACUGCAGAUAUCCAAGUCUUGUGAAUUCCCUUCUUCAGCCAUAUGCCCUGGCAUAUAUGAGAAAUAGCAGUAGUAAACCACAGCAUAGCCGUGUCAAAUACUAGACUUUCAUUUUAAAUAGCUUGUAUUUUUUGGUGCUCCUUUGGAGCAAAGUGCAGUGGGGUAGUAGAAGAAAUGUAUAUGGUCCGGAUUAGUGCUUUAUUAUCUUCUUUAUGUGUUGAUCAACAACAACACAGCCACAUAGAAAACAGGGCGAAAGCAAACAAAAUAGCUCAAUUGUUACCAUCUAAUGUAGAAGUUGGAAUAUACCGUUCAAUUGAGAUUUUAGUAUUUGAUCUAAAUUUGCACAAACAUUCAUAGCUAUGGUGGACUUUUUGUAGCGGGUAGUGGUUUAAGAUUUCAAAAAUCAGAAGAGCCACUGAAGGAAUAUUUAAAAAGUAAGUUGUUUUUAUGUGUUUGUAUUACGCCGACCAAAUUUAUGCGGGAGAAAAUUGAAACUUAACUUGUUCAAACAAAUAAUCUUUUAAGUGCGUUGAUCAAGGCUUUUAGUAAUUGCGGGAUAAUAUGUAUUUAUUUAUAAAAAAUGUUAAAACCUUUACACAAUAUACGGUAUAUUAGUAUACUGUAUGUAAAGUGUGUGUAUCUAUUUUUACCUGCCGUACAGCCAAAAGAAAUCAGUGAUAUUCUGACAAAGGUAUGGCACACCCAUUUGUGUUAAGUCAACUAGGCUGCUGAUGUUUUAAAUAGGAAGAAGUGUGUGUGUUAGAUUACAUAGUAUAUAUUUUUUUAUUUUUAAAUUGUGUCAAAGACUAUGGUUUUGUCGUUGCUGCCUACCCAAUAAAGGUGAAAAUAGUAGACAUUUGCACCUGUGUAGUUGCUUUUGUGAAAUGUCUGUUUCUGUAGCAACAAAUGCCAGUUAGCCAGCUAUCGUCAUUGCCUGUAGAACUCUACACACAUCAUAUUUCCUCCACUUUGCAUCAUUCUGAAGAUGUUACGAGGAAAAUGAAGAUUUGGGCUUGUUACUAUGUGGAAUACCAGUAGAAUCUCAGGACCCGAUGGGAGGAGUGCCGUUAGCUAACGCCUGCUAAAGCAUUAUUGAGGUACACAUGAGAAAACGGUUUUGAUUCACAGCAUCAGUUACUUUUGUUAUAAUCACAGAAGCAAGCGUCUAUGAUGAUGCCAACAUAAGUACAAUGAGCAGAUUUAAUAAGAAAUGUAUACUGAAAGAAUAUUGAAUGUAACAGCGGAUCGUGUAGAGGAUUUGGUUGGAGAGGUACUUUGUUGUUACUAAGUGUUUAUGCCUGAAUGUUGAAGAUGAGAGGGAGGUAUAUAGUGAAGUAGAGGUGGGGUAUUUUAGAAGGGAUCAAAAGAAAGGAUGAAAACUAGAUCAAAUAAUGCAGAUUGACGCAAAUUUAAACCAGUCAAAUGUUUUUUUAAUUAUUGAAAGUACGUUUUCGU